GUAACGGAGCGUGAGGAAAGAAGAAGCCGUGCGCUCGGCGUGGUGCCAGAGCGACUGCGCGGAGGGAGCGGCGCCGGGGGUUGGCUGGUUGGCUGGCGCGGUUGCUAGGUUACGGCUUGCCUCGCUCGCGCGGAGAGGUGUUCGUGGAGGGGGAGGAAACCGUUAAAUUAACGGGUCUCGUUUGCCCACUGCGCGUGCGCGCGGGAAAGAGUCGGGUAAGAGGAGCCCCGCAGGCUGGAGUGCGGAUGCGGGAGUGCCGACCCUCACGACCCCCAGAAAUUUGAAGAAAAGAGGAAAAAAUGGCAAGUAAUCACAAGCCUCCUACAGCCCGCCCGUCUUCAAGAGCAGGACUAGGCCUGGGAGCCAGACCGCCCUCAUCCUCCCUACGGCCUCCAUCCGCAGCUCUACUUGGAGGAGGAAUCCCUCCAGGAACAUCAAGACCUGGUACACGUGGUGGAUCCGUAGGUACUGGUGUGGUUUUGUCCUCCCAGAUUAAGGUUGCAGACCGUCCAGUGACACAACAAGGGCUGAGUGGAAUGAAAACUGGAAUGAAAGGUCCACAGAGACAAAUUAUGGAUAAAUCCUAUUACCUGGGAGUGCUCAGGAGCAAAAUAAAUGAACUCACCACAGAAAUGAACAAGCUUCAGAAAGAAAUCGACAUGUAUAAUCAGGAGAAUUCUGUCUACCUAUCAUAUGAAAAAAGGGCAGAGUCUUUAGCUAGUGAGAUCAAAGAGUUUCAAGGACAACUAGCUGAUUACAAUAUGCUGGUGGAUAAACUUAAUACCAAUACCGAUAUGGAGGAAGUAAUGAAUGACUAUAACGUGUUGAAGGCUCAAAAUGACCGUGAAGCUCAGGGCAUAGACAUCAUUUUUACAGAAAGACAAGCCAAAGAAAAUCUCAUUCAAGCUGUGGAAGAUGACAUCCAGCAGGAAAAGCAGGCGGCAGAAAACAUAGUCAAAAAUAUGUCUGAAGAGGAUCAAGCUAAAUACAUGGAGACAAAAGUGGCAAAUGAAAAGCUCUUGCAGGAAUUGUGUGCUUUACAGCAAGAACUGGAUGCUGUGAAUAUAAAAGAACAAUCUCUAGAUGCUGAAAUAGCACACUCCCAGAUUAAACAGGAGGCUCUGCAACUGUACGAAAAGCUUCAUGGCCUUGAGGAACACCGGAAUCAAAUGAUUGCAGAGGACAAAAGUAUGGGAUCUCCCCAGGAGGAGAGAGAGAGAUUGCUAAAACAGGUGAAGGAAGACAACCAAGAAAUAGCAAGCAUGGAGAGACAGCUGACAGACAUAAAAGAAAAAAUCAACCAACUUAACGAAGGAAUACGGCAGCUUGACAUGGAUUUAGAGGAGCAGCAAGGUGAGAAAAAUCUGAAAUACAAGGAGUUGAAGAAAAGAGAAGAAAGCAUGGACAACUUUCUUGAAUCUUUUGAAGAGGCAAGGAACCAGGAACUAGAACGGAAAACACAGAUAGAGGCCAGUAUUGUGGCAAUUUUAGAGCAUUCAAGCAGGAACGUAAAUCGCAUGAAGCAGAUAUCUUCUGUAACAAACCAAGAGCUGAAAAUCAUGCAGGAAGAUCUCACUUUCAAGUCAAGUGAAAUGCAGAAAUCACAGAGUACUGCGAAAAACCUGGGAACAGAUAGCCAACGUCUGCGGAUGGACCUCCAGAAAAUGGGCCUGCUGGAAGGCAAGAUGGUUGAUGAACUGACUUCUCUCAAAGAAAAAAUAGAGCAAAUGACCAAAGACCUGGAACUUUACAACAAUCUGCCAGCUCUGAAAACAGCAGGAGAGGAAAAGAAAAAGAAACUGCAAGAAGAGAAAGAAACACUAACAAAGCGCAGGAAUGCUUUCAAGAAAACUAUGGAGCAUCUGAAUAGAGAAUAUGAAAGCUUGAAGUUGCAGCUGCAGGAGAACGAGACACAUUCACAGCUUACGAAUUUGGAAAGAAAAUGGCAACACCAUGAACAAAACAACUUUGUCAUGAAAGAAUUUAUAGCAACGAAAAGCCAGGAAAGUGAUUACCGGCCUAUAAUGAAGAAUGUGACAAAGCAGAUUGCAGAAUAUAACAAAACUCUCAUUGAAGCUUUACAGAGCAGCAGGACCUGAGCUUAGGCACUCUUCCUUCUCAUGUCCGCAGACCAAUGAGAAGAAUUAUUUAUAGUGCUACACACUCCCCCAGUACACAACAGCAAUAUCUAUGUGCAUUUUUCAUUCUGGCUAGUUAACAACAACCAGGAAUUUGUUUCUUCAAAAUUAACUUCGCUGGAUUUAGUCCUCUAUUCUCAGCCAACGGUUUAUUGAAAACAAUGUAAUUUACAUCAUUUUGGCCUUACUAAGUUAAGAAAAUAAUUCUAUCCAUCUUAAGUAUUUUUAAUAAGGGGAGGGGGCUGAAUUGUAGGGAUAAAAUCAGAUAUGUAACAAUAAAUAAUUUUUAAAAACUUCAAGGGGGAAUUAUCCAGCAUUAUUUUCAAGAGAAUAUUAUUUCAUAGGGCUCACAUGCCAUAGGAUACAAGUUCUCAUGCCUCAGAAUUCAAGAAAAUUGGUUUUUGGCUAACUUGAGCAGAGUGAGAGCACUAUUAAAAAGCAAAACCAUGCAUAUAUUAGCCAAUUUCCUGCUCAACUUGGUAUAAAUCUGUUGCAUUCUGGGUUUUCUUUCCUUCAUAUUACAAUAUCUCUAGAUAAGACACAACAGGAUUUGUAUAGGCCUGAAUCUGUUAUCUAGGGGAAAUUCCCACUAAUAUCUCUUCCUUCCUUUUGGGGAGAGCUUUCAGUUAUUGCAGUGAGAGUCUUUUCCCCCCCUUUUUUUUGCUGAGGUAAAGUUGGUGUCUGAUAUCCCCACAGGCAUCUUCCUCAGCCGCUCGGUUUGCCCACUGAAAUCCCUUUGCGUUAAAACAACACGUUUUGAUGACCGAUGGAAAGAACCCACCUACUGAAUAAACAUAAGGAAUGAAAUUCGCUUUUGCUCUUCUCAUGGGCUCCUUACGACAUGGCACUGAUUUUGCAAAAUAGCAUGGGAAAGUUCACCGGCUUUUGUUCUGUCCUUCGCAGGACUUCCACCAUAAACAAAACCCUGCCUGUAGAGUUCUGUGUUCCUAUUUUCUUUUCCCAUGAAGCUUUACUCAUUAACCUAUAGGGAUGCAGGUGGCGCUGUGGGUUAAACCACAGAGCCUAGGGCUUGCCGAUCAGAAGGUCGGCGGUUUGAAUCCCUGCCAAUCUAGCAGUUCAAAAGCACGUCAAAGUGCAAGUAGAUAAAUGGGGACCGCUACAGCGGGAAGGUAAACGGCGUUUCCAUGCGCUGCUCUGGUUCGCCAGGUCAUGCUGGCCACAUGACCUGGAAGCUGUACGCCGGCUCCCUCGGCCAAUAGAGCGAGAUGAGCGCCACAGCCCCAGAGUCGGUCACGACUGGACCUAAUGGUCAGGGGUUCCUUUACCUUUUCCUUACUUCAAGACUGACAGUAAAUUUCCUCCCUCAAAACUUCCCUCCGAAAGCAACAGGUUCUGGGGCUCUAGAAACAAGCGGUUUUGUGUCAGUGUAGCCCAGAAACCCCAAUUUUGAACAUACCGUAGUUAUCUGCAUAAUAUUCCCCCCCCUCCGCCUGGUCUGCAUAUAUUGCUGUAUAGUACCGCGUUUAUGUAAAAGGAUGUGUGAAAAUUCAUAUAUUUUAGCUCUGGGCAGCAAGAAAUAGACAAGUUUACAAAUUUGUGUUGUGUGUGACAAAUUCCAGAGGGGCCGUCCUGUUAGGCUGCAGUGGAUUGUGUUGGAUUGUUUUGAAAGUCAUUGCACCACGAGGUGAAAAAAAAAUGCCCUCCAGUCGUCGUCAACCCCCCCCCUGCCCCCCGUCCUGUCCAGUACAUUUCCGAGCACAGUUCAAAGUGUUGGUGCUGACCUUUAAAUCCCUAAAUGGCCUCGGUCCAGUAUACCUGAAGGAGCGUCUCCACCCCCAUCGUUCUGCCCGGACACUGAGGUCCAUUGCCGAGGGCCUUCUGGCAUUUUCCUUGUUGCGAGAAGCCAAGUUGCAGGGAACCAGGCAGAGGGCCUUCUCGGUGGUGGCGUCCACCCUGUGGAACGCCAUCCCAUCAGAUGUCAAAGAAAAAUACAGCUACCAGAUUUUUAGAAGACAUCUGAAGGCAGCCCUGUUUAGGGAGGCUUUUAAUGUUUAAUAGAUUAUUUUAUU